AUGAGUUCAAACACACUUUCUGCCGUUUUAGAGAAGAAGAUUCGCCGCCUGUGUCUCAGUGACUUUCCCUGUGGAAAUGGCAGCUGGAGAAAAACAGAAGGCAGUGCAGCGGGAGCAGAUACAGAGCCGACAGAUUCCCUCCUGGAUCUGCUGAGCUGCUAUCGUUCUCCGUGGUGGCGCGAUGAUUCAUGGAGCCCUCAAGCUUCGGCCCUGAGAAAGCUGGCUGUGCUUACACCUCGACACCUACGCACAAACUUCAUUUACAAUUACUUUACUACACUUCGUAUUGUGGACAAGGAAGUGUCAAUAAUUGACGACGGCCUGCUGAAGUUCUCAAAGCUGGAGGAACUGGUGCUGAGUGCCAACAAAAUCUCCGAAGUCCCUGCAGAGAACCUUCCCAGCAACCUGACGAUUCUGGAGCUACGUGCAAACCGGUUGUCUUCUUUAAACGGUCUCACCGGCCGUCCGCCGCCUCGCCUACAGUACCUCGGCCUCAGCCGCAACAGUCUGGGCUCGCAUGAAGACGUUUCUCAUCUCACAGGAAGACACUGGCCACAGCUGGUGUGUCUGGACCUCAGUGACUGUGACUUCCAGGACCAGCAGGCCCUGCUGAAGGCCUUGAGCACCCUCCCCUGCCUCAAGACACUGGUGCUGGAGGGAAACCCCUUCACCCUGACGCCCUCCUAUCCGGGCUUCACUGUGGACCGUCUCCCAGGACUCUCCUGUCUGGACGCCUCAUGGAUCUCCCCCGGGGACAGACAUCGUUUUAGAGGCUUGGCCAAGAUGAGCGAGCUGACAGUAGACGUGGCAUCAGCCACAGUAAGUGUGGGAAGGAUGAGAGGAAUCCCAGACCCGCUGAUGAGUGUGGAGGAAAACGCUCCUGACUUCCCUGUUGUCUCCUUCAGCUACUUCAUCACAUACGAGUUCCUUAGUCAUGAAGCACCUGUUAACUUGAAACUUGACAGUGAGGCUAAAUGUGACACAGCGUCUGCAACACGUGGGACAGAAGAUGACUCAUGUGAUACUGACCUACUAUCAAGCAACAACUAUGAAAGAGACACAUUCAGACCAGACACUGGAGUCUUAGUGGUUAACUCUGAAGAGGCCUGCUCUGAUGCUGCACAUGUGUCAAGACACAGCACACCAAAGCUGACGUGGUCAGAGUGCAUCGACUUCAGUGAUGCACAAACGUACGUUGUUAGUUCUCUGGGAGACUUGAAGAAAUUCCUCAAUCAAGGACUUUUUCUCAGGCUUGAGGAGGAAAAGGUCCUGUCGUGGCCUGCAGCCCCUGAAGACGCCACGGUGGCCAAAUCUAGUCUGACUGUGAAAGAGAAGAAAGGCAGGAAGGGGAAAGAAUCUGGUUCUACCAAAGACAAGUCUAAAGACAAAAAGAAGAAAUCUGUCACAGAGCUGGUCCAAGACGUCCCCAUCAGAACAAUCCUCGGCUCUGCUCACGUCCCCCUGCAAAGCCUGGUCAACGGAGGUCAAAAGGUCAGCGUCCUCUGUGAACUCAGUGGCCUGCACUCAGACUCUAAGGUGGAAGCUACGCAAACCCCUCAGAAGGAUCUGGGAAAGAAAAUCAAAGAGGACAAGGAGUCAAAACGAAGAGAAGGCAGCGGUACAGGACAGAAGAAUACAGCAUCUUCAAAAGGCAAAGGAAAGGGAAAGAAGAAACCUGAGCUGGAUGUCCACACAGACUCCUUCAUGUCCGUGGAGGUGAGCGUGGAGCUGGAGAAGUGGCAGUCUGCAUCUGAAGCUCACCAACUAACGCUACCUCACUGA